AUGGCUUUUCGCGGUGAACGUUUCCUUCUCGAUCUAGAUGAAGAAUCUGGUACUCCAGAGAUACCAUCUCCAUUCUCCCUCGUCGGUGAGAUCCAAGAACGGGCUCCCUCCACCGCCAUUCCCCCCGCGCCUAAAUUGCCCGCAUCAUCGACUGGGUUCCCUGCCCCUCGCCAGAGAAAACCAUCUUCCUUCAAACAGCGACGAUCAAACCACCCCACACCUCCAGCUCCUGUCCCUACUGAACCGACUGCCCAGGAUGACAAGAAAACUAUCGAUGAGGAGAAUCGCCGUCAACUGGCGGCCAUGUCGGACGCGCAGAUCCAACAGGAACGAGAGGAGCUGAUGGAACAAAUGGAUCCUGGACUUCUCAAACGAUUCCUCCGCAGAGCAAACAUUGAAGAGGACCAAAAGACAGAAUUUUCACCGCCAGCACCUGUGGCGGACGAGAAAUCUAAGCCGAGGAAAUCAGUUUCGUUCAACAUUCCUCCAUCUGCACCGGUUGCUGCGACCCAAAGCGCACAGUCUCAUUCUCUAUCCAAAGAAUCACCUAAGCCGCACCCUCGCAAUGAAGAUCUCGCUCCUCCCACCCUCCCUCAAGACCUCCACCCGGCCUCUCAGCGGCCCUCCCUUGACCCAGCUACUCUCGAAACCUUCCACUUCCCUCAGCCAACAAAGCCAAUGCCGGUCUUGGACCCAUCUUCCCCAUCUUUCCUAUCAGAUCUCCAGUCACACUACUUCCCCGAGAUAGCCCAAGAUCCAUCAACGCUCUCAUGGCUGCAGCCCCUCUCUGCCGACGAAGAAGACCCAGACUCAACGUCAGCCUACCACCCAACCAGCAAUGCCAUCUCAAUGGCGCCUUCGGCAAUCCGCUUCUCACUAACAGGCACCAUUCUUGCUCCCGAAACAUCCCUCUCCCUCCCGACAACUAUGGGCCUUCACCAUCAUGGCGAGGAUCCGCAUGCCGCGGGCUACACAAUCCCCGAGCUGGCAAUUCUGGCACGCUCCACAUUCCCCGCUCAGCGAUGCAUCGCAUGGCAGGUCAUCGGUCGGAUCUUAUUCCGACUUGGCCGGGCAGAAUUUGGUGAUCGGGGCGGGCCACUGUCCGAUGGAUUGUGGUUUGUUAUUGAAAAGGAGGGUAUUGUUGCUGGUAUGCUUGCCGAGGCCGAUGGAGCCGCUGGUCAGACCCAGGGUAGAAAUAAGAGCAAGAAUGCAAAAGAUGACGAGGAGGGUGGUAACUUGCCUCUUGCGUCCGGCGUUGGUCGUCAUGCUAGUGCUGCUGCGUGGGCGGUUGAGGGUAUCUGGCUGUGGCAGAAGGGUGGUGGUGGUGAUCGUGGGUUGUUGAAGGAAGGCCAGCAUCGAUCUCUGUAG